CUUAACUGACUAAGCCACCCAGGCACCCCUGAAAUGGCAUUUUAAACUAAAGAGUGACAAGUUUCAUAGGGAUCACCAGGACAGCAGGGGAGCCCAGAGCAGGCACAUUGCCCUGCCUCUGGGUUAGGAAAGACUUCCUAGAAGAGUGUUUUCUGGGGACCAAUAGGUGUUAGCUGGGCAACGAGAUGAACACGAAGAAGCGUGCUUCAGGCAGAAAGGAGCAUAAGCAAAGUUAGCAAGACACCCUCGCUGAACUGGGGAGCACAGCAAGGGAGGAGGCCCAUGGAAUCAGCAUGGACUUGGAGGCCUACGAGGAGGCUCUGGUGUAAAGCGGGGCCGGUGAGCCCAAGUGGAGCUGACUAUAGGAGCUGAGGAAGAGCGGUUUGGAGAGAGACGAAAGUGACCCGCCGGAGGUCGCGGUACUGAGGACAGCUGGAUCCCUUUCCGAAGCGAGGGACUACAACAACCACAAUUCUCAGCGCUUUGGCGUCGCCAAAGUUCUGGACGGACAAAGGCGCAGGGUUGGGCGUGGGGUCACGUGGUGUCUGCGCGUCACGUGGGUGAGUCAGGUGGCGCUGCGGGGCCGGCGGACAGACUGCGGGGCGCCCGGUGGACGCAGGGACGCGGGUUUAGCUGUGGCCCCACAGACCCGAGCCCCGCCGUCGUUGCCGCCAUGACGGGGCUAGCGCUGCUCUACUCUGGGGUCUUCGUGGCCUUUUGGGCCUGCAUGCUGGUCGUGGGAAUUUGCUACACCAUUUUUGACUUGGGUUUCCGCUUUGAUGUGGCAUGGUUCCUGACUGAAACUUCCCCCUUCAUGUGGUCAAACUUGGGCAUUGGUCUAGCUAUCUCCCUGUCUGUGGUUGGGGCAGCAUGGGGCAUCUAUAUUACUGGCUCUUCUAUCAUUGGAGGAGGGGUGAAGGCCCCCAGGAUCAAGACCAAGAAUCUGGUCAGCAUCAUCUUCUGUGAGGCUGUGGCCAUUUAUGGCAUCAUCAUGGCAAUUGUGAUCAGCAACAUGGCUGAGCCUUUCAGUGCCACUGACCCCCAGGCCAUUGGGCAUCGAAACUACCAUGCAGGCUACUCCAUGUUUGGAGCUGGCCUCACAGUGGGCCUCUCUAACCUCUUCUGUGGAGUCUGCGUGGGCAUCGUGGGCAGUGGAGCUGCACUGGCUGAUGCACAGAACCCCAGCCUCUUUGUGAAGAUUCUCAUCGUGGAGAUCUUUGGCAGUGCCAUUGGCCUCUUUGGCGUCAUUGUUGCAAUCCUUCAGGUGAUGAAUCCCCUGGGGAGCCUGUGUCCUUGUCCCCAACCCAGCUUCACUCUCUUUCCAUCUAUAACCAUAGAAUUCCUGAGCAUUUCCGGCCACUUAAUUCCCAUAUUUCGGUUUUCCCCUUUUGAAGCUUUCCAGCGCGGUAUCACUGACUAGCGUGAUGUGUAUCUCCCUGCUGCUUUGUGUCUGUAGGUCUGUCUUUGGGGCUUUCUGUUGUAUUAUUUUUUGGUCUUUAUUUGUAGUCUAGCCUGGAUUGGGAUCUUGUCUGUCAGUCUGUCUUGGUGUGUUUGACUUUGUGUCUCAAGGCCUGUGUGUAUCUAUUCUGUGAGUAGAACAGCAUGUCUGAAUUGUGUGCAUCUUUUCUAACAAUGUGUGCGUGUGGCUGAGGAUCAGCCUGGUGGUCUGAAUGGGAAUGCUUAGCUGGGUUGACUCUUGGUAAUGAGUCCUGUUCAUGUGCCACUCCUCUGUCUCUCUGUCCCACAGCCUAACUGUGUGGUUGACUGACUGUCCCUGUUCAUCGGUGUUUGUCACAGCAUGCCCAUCUUGGUCCCAUCAUCCAUCUGUUGUGGUCUGUCCAUCCCGCCAUGGGUUUGCUAGAGCUGACCUUAUGUCAUUUGUUAUUACUGUCUUAUUUAUUCCUCUGUCACUGCCUGAUUUCUCCUUGUUCU